AUGAUUUCUCAACUAUUAAAAUUAUUCAAUAAUUUUGAUUACCUUUCAUUGAUAGGUAUCAUAUUAACAAUCUACGUGGCACGGUAUUAUUACAAAUAUUUUACUCGUGUCAAUCCCUUACCUGGUCCUUUCCCAUUCCCACUCGUUGGAAAUUUACCUCAAGUAAUUUGGCAUAGUGGAAAUCUCAAAAAAUUUUUCGAAUAUAAUCACAAGAAUUAUGGUGACAUAUUCGAAGUCCAAUUGGAAUCACGACUUAUAAUUCUAAAUAAAUCAGAAUAUAUUGAAAAGAUUUUAUCAGCUUCAACAAAAAAUCCAUAUAUUAAAAGAAUUGCUGAUUCUAAUACUCAAGGACCUCAAGAAUUAGGUAUUUUCGGAAAAGGAAUAAUUCUAAAUCAAGAUUAUCAAUCAUGGAGAUAUAAUCGUCAUUUUUUUACACAAGCUAUCUUGUCACCAAAAUUUGCUCAAGAAGCUACUCAUUGGACAAACGAACUUUUCAAUGAAUUGGAAGGUUAUUGGGAUAAAUUAUAUCUUAAAAAAGAAACAACCAAUGAGAAUAAAAAACAAUUGGAUUUCUCUACAUGGUUCAAUCAAUUUACAAAUGAUAUGAUUUUCAAAAUAUUAACUGGUGAAAGAUCUUAUACAAUGGCGGGAUAUUUUAAUACUCUUAGUGACAAUGAAAAAGCAGAACGUCCAGAAGCAAUAAUUGAUGAGACUGUAAAAUUAGUUGAUGCAAUUCGUAAACAAGUUUUAGGUUUAUUAUUUUUUCAAUUUGUCUCUCCUUUCUUACGACAUUACGUUCCAUUUUUUAAGGGUAAAUCAGAUGAGUUACUUCAAAACGCGAAAUUUUUGAUUCAACGAAUGGAAAGCAUUAUUAAGAAACGUAGACAAGAAAUUGAAAAUACGCCAUUAGAUAAACCUUUGUCAAAUGAUAUGUUGACAUCAGUCAUUAUUGCGAAUACAACUCGUGAUGUUAAUGGUAACGAAACUAUGAGACCUAUGACUGAUACUGAAAUUCGUGGCAUUAUGCUUGAUGGAAUAAGUGCUGGAACUGAUACAACUGCGAAUCUGAUUUCAUUCAUUGUCUAUUAUCUUGCGCAUAAUCCAGAUGUUAAAAAGAAGAUGUUAGAUGAAAUUGAUGGCAUUUUCCAAGGGGAUAAAACACGUCCAAUUACUGAAAAUGAUUUCAAUAACUUAAAAUAUUGUAAAGCAAUUGUAAAUGAAGUGGCUCGCAUUUAUCCGGUUGUAAAUUCGUUUGCAAGAUGUCUUGAAAGACCCGAAGAAAUAGCAGGCUAUCAAUGGCCAGCCGAUACAAUGAUUCGUAUCAAUAUUGAUGCUAUCCAUAGUAAUGGAGAUUAUUGGGAAGAAUAUGAUAAAUUUAACCCUGAUAGAUGGAUGGCUGAAGGUUUUGAGCCAAAGAAACAUUCAUUUGUCAUGUUUGGUGGAGGGUUAAGAGUCUGUCCAGGAAGAAAGUUGGCAAUAGUUGAAUUAGUUUGUUUGAUGGCUUUAUUAUAUAGAAAAUAUGAAAUUAAUUUGGUUGAUAUGGAAUCUUCCUUAAAAACUAAAUCUACGCUUAUAACUGCUUGUACUGAAUUAUUAGUUGAAAUUAAGCUAAGAGAUUAA